ACUUCGACCAGUGGGUCCUAGAAAGGCAUCGCUGGCUUAAAGCGCUUCUUUCGCAAUGAGAGCACGCAUCUCUUGAAGUCUUUUGCGUACCCAAUUGCUUGUCCGGAUGACUGUGUGUGCAACCCAGAGAAUUGUUUGCCUAAAGCGACACACCCCUUGCCACAUCCAUGAACGUCUGCUACCUACUUGUCCAUAUUGACACUACACAGCCACACUUCUUCUCGCUAGUGCGACAGCAACUGACGCGAAACCAAAGCUAUGUCUUCAACUUGGGAAUUCAGCAACGUUCCGUUCCUUCCGCCUGAGAUCUACUUGGCUAUUGCGCGGCACAUUCAGGUGACGGACCUCCCGUCAUUUUGUCUCGCAAACAAGACACUCGCAGCUGCCGGAAGACCAGAGCUUUUUCACACGGUUGUACUGCGAAGUACAGUCGCCAGUUGGGCCGCAUUCAAGCGGGUCAAAAAGCACGAGAAAUUAUGCAGGCUUGUGCAGACAAUGGUCUUGGACGUCACUUCCUGGAGGACAGGAAAGAACGUCAGGGACUGGCAUGAAUGGACCAGAUACUGCCAAUCUCAGGCGAAUCAUUAUACUCAGGUUGACGUCGAUUCUGCUCAAGCUGCCUUAUACAAAGAGCUCGCUGAAAGCCGACAUCUUUGGGAGGCUUACUUGUCGCGUCUAGAAGAAGAGAAGGCUGUGGUUGAAGAGAUCGCUGUUGGCGACAUAAGGCUGCCAAAGCUACGAAAAUGCUACGUUGUCAGGGGCGCUUAUCGGCUGAAAGACCACCCCAUGUCUCGAUUGUACGGACAAGGGAAGCUACCUAUUACCUCUCCACUCAGCGCUUGGCGAGGUGACUCUUUUUCGCAGGCCCCCAAUGGACAGAUGCUCGCUCCGCUUCGCCGCCUUCUCCCUUCCGCUGCCCCUGACGUAAUCAAAUGGCGACUCGGCGGCCUCAGUGCACUAGAACUCAGUCUCUUCUCUCCAAAAAACCAUGUCAAGAACCCUGAUGUAAGCAGCUUUAGAAUCUGGUUCGGAAUGUCGGACUGCGUAAGGACACCCCAUGGAAUUCCACCGCGAUAUUUUGAUCAGUGGCCCAAUCUGGAGUCCCUUACCCUUGAUCUCGGCAACCGCACUCCUGCCGCAAGGUACAAUACAGCAGCCACUUUACAGACCAUACAACACAUCUUUGGGGUUGGAGGGCGGUCUGCUGCAGCCACAAACGCACUGGAGAGUGCUUUUAGAUGGCCGAGGCUUCGAAAAUUGUCACUAGGGCAUUUUGAUUCAACUCCAGAAGCACUAACAUCUCUUAUCGCCAGGCAUGGCUCGACGUUACGGGACCUCAGACUCCAUGCCGUAUGGCUUCGUCAUGAACAUCCUGGGAACAACGAGGUCUCAAUAGCGUCCUCCUGGCAAGACGUGUUUAGGAGCAUUGGAGUGUCGACCAAUCUAGAUAGACUGAAGUUAUCAGGGCUGUUUUGCAAUGACAGCAUCCAGGAAGAUGAUUGGAACUUCGAUGUGGUGGAGCUCGGUAGCCAUAUCGCCACUUGGAUCAUGAAAGGCGAACAGCGCUCACAACGGGAAGGACUUCUGCUCAAACUACGCUCACAUUACAUGUCACAUGAUCUGGUCAGCGAUAGCACCGAGCUUACAGGACCAAAUGGAGCAGUGACUUCGGGCGCAGGAUGAACGUCGGUGGCGGAGAUGCGGAGCUGUUCUGGUGGUGUCCGGCCCGCUGCUGUCUUCGUCGACUCGAGGGCAUUAAUCUUCAAAAUCACCACGC